AACUAAGAUUUAUUUUCAUUCUUUGUCCUGAAUUUCUAAAUGCAAAUAGGUUGGCACAUGGAAGAAGAAAUGAAGAAUAGUAGAAACUAUUUACAUAAAUAAGCAAUGACCAAACCUAUAUCUCUCACCAUCAAAAUCUCACUUCACAAUUUCACUUCCCACAGCAUCAAAAACAAGAAAAAAAAAUGGCCGCAAAAGAGAACGAGGUAACCCACAAGUUUCGCUUUUUCCGCGUUUACAAAGACGGCACAGUGGAGCUUUACAAACCCACCAUCCAAAAGGUUGCCCCUUUCGAUGACCCAAUCACCGGCGUUCGCUCCAAAGACGCGGUCGUUUCAACCCACCCACCCGUUUCCGUUCGGAUCUUUUUACCUCCAAUAUCCGACCCGACCCGAAAAUUCCCGAUCUUUUUCUAUAUCCACGGCGGCGGGUACUGCAUGCAAUCCGCUUUCUCCCCAGACUACCACAGUCUCGUCGCCACCACUGCCGCCGAAGCAAACGUCAUUGCAGUCUCCGUGGAAUACGGGUUGUUCCCGACCCGACCCAUACCCGCUUGCUACGAGGAUUCCUGGACCGCGCUCAAGUGGGUCGCGGCGCACGCAACUGGAAACGGAUCCGAGCAAUGGCUCAACAACCACGCCGAUCCAGACCGUGUUUUCAUCUCCGGCGACAGCGCCGGCGGCAACAUAACCCACACACUGCUAACUCGGGUCGGGAAGUUCGGGUUACCGGGCGCCAGGGUUGUCGGGGCGGUUCUGGUGCACCCGUAUUUCGCGGGCGUGACAAAGGACGAUGAGAUGUGGAUGUACAUGUGUCCGGGGAACGAGGGUUCGGAGGAUCCUAGGAUGAAACCGGGCGCAGAGGAUCUGGCUCGGCUUGGGUGUGAGAAAGUGUUGGUUUUUGCGGCUGAGAAGGACGAAUUGUUCCAAUGUGGGAGGAACUACGCUGAGGAGCUUAAGAAGAGUGGGUGGGAUGGAAGCGUUGACCUUGUUGAGAAUUGGGGUUUGGGACACUGCUUUCAUGUUUUCAAGCCCCAACAUGAGAAGGCAAAGGAGAUGUUGCAAAAGAUUGUUACCUUCAUCCAACAAGACUAGAUUUCUUAAAAUUGAAGGUACCUUGAUUUUUUAGGUUGUUGUUAUGUUUUGUAACUCUAGUUUGGCAUGCUUUUUUUUUUUUUAUUCGUAAAAAUUGGAUACAAUAUCAUAUGAAUUUGCAAUAACUAAAAAGGUUUAUCAUUGCACUCAA